AUUACUGACGGAAAACACAGGAAUACCUCAAAAGGAGCAAACUUUGCUGGCAACAAAGAAAAACUAGCUUUAUAAAAGAGGGAAAAACUUGUAAGGAGAGUGGAAAUUUGGUACCUCCACAACAGGUGGACGUCGUCUUUUGUUGUUUCCAACUCGCUGAAGAAGAAGGAAAAAUGGCCAACUCGGGUCUUCAGAUUUUGGGAUUCGCCCUGGCUCUCCUGGGCGUAAUUGGAUUGAUAAUUGGCACCAUUUUGCCCCAGUGGAAGAUGUCUGCUUAUGUGGGGGACAACAUCAUCACAGCGGUGGCCAUGUACGAAGGACUGUGGAUGUCCUGUGCGUUCCAGAGCACAGGACAGAUCCAGUGCAAAGUGUACGACUCGCUGCUGCAGCUCAACGGUGCCCUCCAGGCAACCCGUGCCCUCAUGGUUGUGAGUAUUCUCAUAACGCUGGCUGGUCUGGGCGCAGCCUGCAUGGGAAUGAAGUGCACCAACUGCGGAGGAGAUGACAAAGUGCGCAAGUCUCGCAUUGCCAUGGCUGGUGGCAUUAUCAUUUUGGUUGGAGGUAAGAAGCCAUUCAUUCUUGUUGUAAUUACUUUUUUUGAAGUCAUUUUUUUUCUGAACAGUUUCACUCAUAUUGUCCUUUACUCUGCCACAGCUUUGUGUGCCAUUGUUGCCUGUUCUUGGUACGCUCACGACAUCAUCCAAGCCUUCUACAACCCUUUCACCCCUGUCAAUACCAAGUAUGAGUUUGGUUCUGCCAUCUUCAUCGCCUGGGCUGGUGCAUUCCUGACUGUAGUGGGAGGUGCCAUGCUGGCAGCAUCCUGUCCAAGAAACAAAUCCACACCGAAGUAUCCCAUCUCCAGACCCCCUAGCAGCAAGGAGUACGUUUGAGCAGGACGGAACACAACUCGGUUAGAGGCUGAAGGACACUUUGACAUUCAUGCUAGUCCAGCUCAGAGAUUGAAACAUUGAAAAGAUGUAUCCCAAGAGGCGAUCUGUACCUGUCUGAUUUUUAUUUUGUGUUUUAGUUUCUGCAGGGCUACACUGUUACUGUAAUAUUAUUAUUUUAACAAACUCAUUAAAGUUUUUAAAUAAUGGUUGUUUACUUCUAAAAACAAGCCUAUUGGCCUUGCCCUGUCUGGAACUGUAGUCAGUGCUUGCAUUGUAAUGUAUACUAUCCACUUCGUUGACACCUGUAAAGCACUAAGUUAAACUGAGAUAAAUCAUCCAGGAUGUUGUAGAAAAUGUUUCUCACGUGCUGCAUGGUACAGUGUGCUUGGGAGAAUUAUUGGAAAGCACUGCGUAGAAAAGAUACGGCAAUCGUCAGCUGUUUAUUACUGUGUAGGCUGAAUGCGCAUGGUUCAUGUGGCACCUGAGAAACGACAGGUCACCAUAAUUUCCAUAUAUUUGUGCCUUUAUUUAUAUGAACACCACAAAUCAUUCAGUACCACUGUAGACUAUAUUUGUUUUUAAUCAAUUGCUGAAGUGUAACUGUAAUUGCGUAAAUGAAAAUAUACUGAUUAUUUUAUCUCGGAUUGCCAAUGUAUUUGCUGACCUGACGGAUAUCGUGACUUAUUUGUGUGACUGUUCUGUAAUGAUUCCUCUUUGUGUAUGGGCUUGGCUGAUGUUUGGUUUUUUUAGUUACAAUAGCAGUUGCACUCAUCAAAUUUUCAUUUUUUUACAAACUUUUUAAAGUGCGAUUUGCAAUGUGUUUGUGUUGUACAUACAAUAAAAGUGGAAUAUUUACUGUU